AUGGCGCCUCUAAACGUCUGCAUGGUCGGUACGGGCGAGUACACGACAGGCUUCGUAGGAGGAGGAGCGUCCGGCAGCGACAAGAAGGUCGGCGUCGUGGGCCUGACGCUCUUCGACUUGAGAAGAAGAGGCAAGGUCGGCUCCUUGAGCAUGGUGGGCACAUCUGGUUCCAAGUUCCCAGCAAUCCGCGAGCACCUUCAGAAGAACAUCACCCAAGCCUACAACGGCCUCGACACCUCCUUCGACUCCUUCCCACCAAACGACAAACGCGAUCCCGAAGCCUACAAGACUGCAAUCGACGCUCUCAGCCCGGGCGAUGCUAUCACAAUCUUUACUCCAGACCCAACGCACUACCCAAUCGCCCUGUACGCUAUUCAGAAGGGCAUCCACGUCAUGAUCACCAAGCCAGCAGUGAAGACCUUGAAAGAGCACCAACACCUCCUCGAAGAAUCUCGCAAACACAGCGUCUUCGUCUACAUCGAACACCAUAAACGCUUCGACCCAGCGUACGCCGACGCCCGCAACCGUGCCGUGAAGGGCAACCUGGGAGAAUUCAACUACUUCUACUCCUACAUGUCCCAACCCAAAUCCCAGCUAGAAACCUUCAAGGCCUGGGCCGGUAAAGACUCCGACAUCUCCUACUACCUCAACUCCCACCACAUAGACGUCAACGAAUCCAUGGUGCCGUCCUACCGCCCUACACGCGUAACAGCCUCCGCCUCCACAGGAAUGGCCACAGACCUAGGCUGCGAUCCUGCGACCGAAGACACCAUAACCCUCCUCACAGACUGGGUCAAAAAGGACGGUAGCAACCGCCGCGCAACGGGCGUCUACACCGCCUCCUGGACCGCGCCCCAAAAGGCCGGUGUGCACAGCAAUCAGUACUUCCAUUACAUGGCCUCCAAUGGGGAGGUGAGGGUGAACCAGGCGAAGAGGGGCUAUGAUGUUACAGAGGAUGAGGGAGGGCUCUCGUGGUAUAACCCCUUCUAUAUGAAAUAUGCGCCUGAUGAGGAAGGCAAUUUCGCGGGACAGGGAGGGUAUGGGUACGUAUCUUUCGAGAAAUUCGUGGAUGGGUGUCAGGCGUUGAAGGAGGGGAGGGUCACGCUUGAGGAGCUCGAUAAGAGGGGUUUGCCGACCUUGAGGAAUACCAUUGCUACUGGGGCGAUUUUGGAAGCUGGGCGAGUCAGUCUGGAUGAGAAGAGGCCUGUGGAAAUUGUUGAGAAGGAUGGGGAAUGGAGUUUGCAAUAG